GGCAGCAGCAGCAGCAGCAGCAACAGCAGCAGCAGCACGAUCAGCAAUCGUAGCCACUGGCAGCACCGGCGCCACUACCGCCUCUACCACCGCCUCUAUAACCACCGCUCUUGGCAGUAGAGCCUCGCAGAGACGUCCACCUCGUGGUCGUCGGCACUUCCUUGCGGACGGUGCUGGUGUCCGGGUGGUUUCUAGGACGUGCGUUUGCUUCACGAGUAUAGGAGAUUGUCAGUAGAAUAGAAGAUAUCCAGUAGUAUUAGAAAGAGAAGAAGAAGAAGAAGAAGAAGGGGUUGUUGAAUCAAAGGAAAAUAGCAAGGAGUAGUAAGUUUUGAUAGUUUUCCCUUUAAAGGACGACUUCUUUUAGACACGCGUUUACUCGAUGCACAUUCUCGUCUAUUAUCAUUGUGUCCGGUGGUUGAGGUUUUAACAGCGCGCGCGAUAUAUUUCGUUUUUGGAGGGUUUCUUCCCUCCUUUCUCGGGAGUGCCGUCGACGGGUUUUCUCGCGCGGGCUACUCUACCGGCGAGGUAGGAGGUAGUGGCGCGGAGGAGGGCGAUCGCAGGCAGGGUCGUCGUCCUUGUCAUCCGCAGCAAGCAACGGUAGAGUAGUUGAGGAGGAGGAGGAGGAGGAGGCGGGAGGUUUGGGACGGAAAGGAGGGUCCAUCGGUCGAAGUGACGGUGCAUGGUGAAGUGUCGCGAGCGAAGCGGUGUCGUCUCGUCGAGGAGGAAGAGGUGGAGGUGGAGGAGGAGAGGAGGAGUGGCGGAAGUAGGCGAGAGAUUGGUCGCAGGGGUAAGGAUAAGGGUGGUAUCGGGCCGAGGCAAAGUUGCGAGUGUUUGUGGUGAUGCCUCGCAUCGGCGAGUCCUCCUCCAGGUCGUCGCAGGGUGUCGUCGUCGCAGGUGCGCUCGAGUCGCGCUCGCCCUCACCGACGACGCGGAUACGCUGACGAGGGCAGCCCACGGUGGUACGGCAGUCGUCGUCGUCGCUCCUGCAGGCCAUGUAUUACGCUCCGGUAAUCGACCCUACCGGCAGCAGCUGCAGUGCCAGCGACCACCACCACCACCACCGGCAACUAGACCACCAUUACCAUCAUCACCAUCAUCAUCAUCAUCCCCAUCAUCCCCAUCAUUCCUAUCAUUCCCAACAACAACAACAACAACAACAACAACAACAACAACAACAAGAGCAACAGCAUCACCUUCGUCAUCAUCAUCAUCAUCAAUAUCAUCGGCAUCGUCAUCGACUACUUCAACCGUCGGCAGAGGCUACAGAAGAAUCAAACAGGACGGAGGACGAGCCGGCUUACGUCCUUUUACUUCGUUCUCCCAAAAGACCAGCUGCCGCCUCCUGCUGUCACGUAGCGAGGAGACCGGGCAGAAGACGACGCGACGGUGGACAUGCCGUCAGGAUAUUCCUCGUCGCCACCGCCGCUGCCUUCCUCGCCCUUGCCGUUUCCCCGGUGUCCGGUACGUCGAACAAAAAAGAGGAAGAAGCGACGGUGUCCUCGGUGGGUGUCACGGAAGAAAAUGGUGUCCUAGGAAUGACAAGGCCCAAACCAGGAAACGAUCCUGGUGGAGGUAUAGACUUAUUAGCAGCCCUGCAGCUGCACAAUACUACGCUGCAGGGUGUCACGCAGGUACAGGGACUAUUUAAACUGAGGGCAGCUUAUUAUCUUCAGGGCAAUGAGAGAGAGCUCCGACUCAGCGAGGAAAGUUUCAAACGAGUGGCUGCACUACUCCGGCGGGCUCCGGAAUUUACUAUAGCUACUGCUUUACGCCAAGAGGAGGCCAAUUCCGGGACGAUUGUCUCCUUUUCACACGGGAACAAUAGAUAUUUGGAGCUGCAGAGCAGCGGACGCAAAGAUGAACUUCGAUUACAUUAUGUAUCACGCUUAGACGGUAAAGUCCACGUCGAGGCAUUUCCAUUUCGUCUGGCUGAUGGAGCCUGGCAUAAGGUUGCCAUGAGUAUAAGUGGCUCGCAGGUCGAGCUACUAGUCGAUUGUCACUCAAUCUACAGGCGACUCAUCAUAACAGGCCCACCUGACACGAAUUUCACUCAACCACAGUUACAACUCUGGGUUGGACAACGAAAUGCUAGGCAUUUUCUAUUCAAGGGUGCUUUGCAGGACGUCAUGCUGAUAGCAGGACCCCAUGGAUAUCUCUCGCAAUGUCCUAGACUCGACUCGACCUGUCCUACCUGCGGACAAUUUUCUUUACUGCAGAAUACCGUCGAGAGGCUGAUGAUCGAUUUCAGAAAUUUGCAAGAAAGGCUAGCCGUUGCAGAGAACAGAAUAAGCAAGGUCGAAGAGUGCGAGUGCCAAAAAUCGUGCAGAAUCAAUGGUACGGUUCACAAGGACGGUGCAAUCUGGGAAAAAGGUUGCCAACAAUGUUCUUGCGUUCAUGGUGAAGUCGAGUGUAGACCGACACCCUGUGCUCCCGUCCCCUGUAAAUAUCCAGUCAUUCUACCGGGACAGUGCUGCUCGAUUUGUUUGAAACAAUGUUACCUGCGCGGUAUUAUCUACGAUCACGGGGAAAAGGUAUCACCGAGGCAAUGCGUCGAAUGCGAUUGCUACGACGGUAUUUUUACCUGUCAAAGAUUCGACACUGAAACCAAGUGUCCACCACUGCCUUGUCCACCCAGUGAACAAAUCAGCGUAGCCGAGGAAUGUUGCAAAUUCUGCCCAGGGGUGGACUACUGCGCGAAGGGCCACAAGUGUCACGCUAACGCGUCCUGCCUGAAUCUCCAGACGACCUACGCCUGCCACUGCGAUAUCGGUUUCCAAGGGGAUGGUCAUAACUGUCACGACGUGGACGAGUGUAAGCAGCAAGGUGGAUCGGAAGGUCAUCAUUGCAACGCCAAUACCAGAUGCGUCAACGUGAUCGGCUCUUAUACGUGCGAAUGUCUUCCCGGUUAUCACAGAGUUGACAAGUUCAAUUGCGCCGAAUUGGACGAGUGCGUUACAGGACAUCACACCUGUGAUGAACAUGCUACCUGCGUCAACACUGCCGGCAGUUACUACUGCGUUUGUGAGGAUGGUUAUUCCGGUGAUGGACACACGUGUAAACCUAUUUGCAAUCAAACUUGCCAAAAUGGUGGAGAAUGCGUUGCACCUGGUCGUUGUUCAUGCCGUAAAGGAUACAUAGGUAACAGCUGCGAACUCGAUUUGGACGAAUGUGCCAGCGAUCUUCACAGAUGUCACGAAUCGUCUAGCUGUUUCAAUAUGCCCGGUUGGUAUUAUUGUCGCUGUAAACCUGGAUACAGAAGUGCUCUGCAUUACAGCACACAGGGCACACAGUGUCUCGACAUAGAUGAAUGCAACGACGAAACUCUCGAGAGGAGUCACACGUGUCAUCCAACCGCAAAAUGUAUCAACACCGAGGGUGGAUAUUCGUGUGCCUGUCCAAAGGAUGACAACGAUCCCGACAAAGAAUGUAGACUUAGUUGUAUGUUUGAGAAUAGAGAAGUGAAAAACGGUGAUACUCUUGCACCAGCAGGCAAUCCUUGCAGACGUUGCACUUGCAACAACGGGGUGAUUACUUGCAGAGAUCCAACUUGCGAUUGUAGCGUACCUGGUAGUCACAAAGACAAAUGUUGUCCUCAAUGCGAUCCUGCGGCAUCCUGUAUACAUCAGGAACUACAUCAUUUGAUCUUUAGGAGUGGGGAACGUUGGAUAUACCAAUGCCAGACUUGCGAGUGCCUGUACGGUGAGAUCGAUUGUUGGGAAAUGGAGUGUCCACCGGUUACCUGUUCGAAUCCGGUUACCGAAGAUGGCGACUGUUGUCCUCGUUGCGAGGACGAUCCUUGCGCUCGCGAAGUCGCAUUGAAUGGUACAUCCUUGUUGAGUCCUAAUCAUCCAAGGCCGUGCAGCUAUGCAGGCAUUCUCCACGACAGUGGCAGCUCUUGGCAGGAUCCCCAUGACAAAUGCACCACGUGCGAGUGCAAGGUGCCGUACUGCGCCCAAUUGGACGGGCAGCUAUGCUGCAGCUACGAUUACGGCUGUGCUGGCGAUCUGGGUUUCGAGCACCAACAGCAACAGCAACAUCCUACAAUCGGUGUUCCUGAGUCUCUCGUACAGCCUCUAUCGGACUCUUCGGGGUGGUCAUUGGUCGAGGGUACACAGGAAGCAGUUGUAUCAGCGGUCACCACAAGGGCCUAUCACCAACAGCACCAACAGCACCAACAACAGCAGCAGCAGCAACAGCACCAGCAACAUCAACUCGAGUCGAUGUCAUCAUCAUCAUCAUCCUCCACCAUUGCCACUCCUUAUUCAUCAUCAUCAUCAUCAUCCUCGUCAUCGGGAAUUAAUUCAUCAUCAGGCCCAGGUAGAGAGGUUUACCUCGGCAAUUCCAACAGACAGCAACAACAACUCGGCCAAUUGCGAAACAAUCGUCGUUCCCGAUUCUUCGAACAACAACAACAACAACAACGAGCAACAACGACGAUAAGGAGUGAACAGAGCAUCGGUGGAACUACGGUGUCGUCGAUGGUGUCGCGAGGUUCAACUUCAAGCUCAACUUCAACGACACCAUCUACAAAUAACGCUUCUUCGUUUUUGGGAAUCGUUGAUACAAAGGACAGAAACGAUUUCGAUAACGACUGUGCUAAAACGACUCGCCACCGAACGGCAUCAACCUCAUCCUCCUCCUCCUCCUCCUCCUCCUCCUCUUUGUCAACCUCGUCUAGCCCCUUCUCUUCAUCAUCAUCCUCGAACUCGUAUUCUAACAGCAGCUCAUCCACAUCCUCAGACUCUUCUUCCAGCAAUACAACGGCAACAUCAACAUCAUCCUCGACUGUCACCCUACUCGUCCCAUCCUCCUCGUCAACGAUAGACGAGUUCUCAACGUAUCCCACGAAAACGUCUAAUUCGAUCAAAAGUUCUAACGAAGAAGGUGUUGUUGACAGUGUCGCUACUGAUUAUCCAGGUGCUCGUAAAGUUACUACUACUUCUACUAUUACUAGUACUACUACUACUACUACUACUACUACUACCGGUAACGUUGUUGUUUCUUCUUCUCGCGAUCGUCGAUCAUCAUCCUCGUUAACUCAACAAUCGGUUGGACGCCGUCACAAAUACGACAAGGACGAAUCAUUUUUACGUGCUAAUCCAACUUGAAGGAACCCAAUUUCGAGGGAAGUUAGAAAAGAGAGAGACAUAUAUAUAUAUAUAUGAUGUUCGUCGAGAUGUUCGGUAAGGCAUGCCACGUGACGUAAAAUAAAAAAAAAAAGGAUUUGUUU